AUGCGGGUCCGUUUUGGACGUACGUUUCGUCUUAUAAUUGCACUUGCUUUUCUUAUUCUUAUAAUACCAUUUUUAAUGUUUAAACUUGAAUCUGUUAAUGAUCAACCAAGUCCUGAACAUGUUAGAAUCGAUUAUCCAGAAGAUAAAAAAAUUGAUAGUGUUGUUGAAACUAUUCGAAAACCUCUAUCUGGCUCAAUAAAUGUCACUUUAGAACCAAUAAUGAGUAAUUCAUUAGGAAAUUAUGAACCAAAAGAUUUACCAACAAGAACAGGUCCAGGAGAAGGAGGUGUUCCUGUUAAACUCUCGGCUAAAGAAGAAAAAGAAGCACAACCAACAAUUCAGUUAUAUGGUUUUAAUAUGGUUGUUUCUGAUAAAAUAUCUUUAGACAGACGUAUUAAAGACACUCGACCACAAGAAUGUAAAAAUUGGAUUUAUCCAAGUGUACAAUAUUUACCAACAGCUUCAGUUAUUCUUGUCUUUUAUGAUGAAGGAUGGGGUGUUCUAUUACGUACUGUACAUAGCGUGAUUAAUACAUCACCACCUGAACUUUUAAAAGAAAUUGUUCUUGUAGAUGAUGGUAGUAGUGAUGCUUCUUUACAAGAACCAUUAGAAAAAUAUAUAAAACGUUGGAAUGGUCUUGUAAAACUUUAUCGUACUGGAAAACGUGUUGGUCUAAUUGAAGCACGUACAAUUGGUGCACAAAAAUCAACGGGUGAUGUUAUUAUUGUUCUUGAUGCUCAUUGUGAAUGUGUUGUUAAUUGGCUUCCACCAUUGUUAACACGUAUAGCACUUAAUCGAAAAGCAUUAGCUGUUCCUAUUGUUGAUGGGCUUGAAUGGAAUACAUUAGAACAUACAAAUAUAUAUGGUUCAACUAAUUAUCGUGGUAUUUGGGAAUGGGGAUUUUUAUAUAAAGAAACUACAGUACCAGAACAAGAAUCAAAAAAAAGAAAAUAUUCAUCGGAACCUUAUUGGUCACCAACACAUGCUGGUGGUUUAUUAGCUAUUGAUCGUCAAUGGUUUUUUGAAUUAGGUGCAUAUGAUCCAGGCAUUCGUGUCUGGGGAGCAGAACAAUAUGAACUUUCAUUUAAAGUUUGGCAAUGUGGUGGUGUUGUUGAAUGGGUACCAUGUUCACAUGUUGCACAUGCUUAUCGUGGUCCUCGAAAUCAUGGAUCUUAUGUACCUGGAUCAAGUCCAUAUCAAACAUCAAUAAAUCAUUUACGUUUAGCUCAUGUAUGGAUGGAUGAAUAUACUGAAUAUUAUUAUAGACGUGAACCAGGUAUACGUCGAUUAAACUAUGGUGAUAUAUCAGAAAGAAAAAAUCUUCGAGAAAAAUUACAAUGCAAACCAUUUAAAUGGUUUAUGGAAAAUAUAGCAUAUGAUGUUUUAGAAAAAUUUCCACCACCAUCAAAAAAUGUUGUUUGGGGUGAAUGUAAAAAUCUUCAACAUUCUGUUUGUUUAAAUGAUCUUGGUGCUUCAUUUGGUCAACCAAUUGGUGUUGCUACUUGUUAUGGACAGGCUGUUUGGCGUUUAAAUGAAGGUGGUGAAAUCGCUACUACUGAACAUUGUUAUAUAUCUGAUCAUGAUAUUGUAAAGAAAAAAUUCUGUUUGGAUCAUAAUGGUCAAUGGAAUCCAAUUGGAGAAUGGCAAUGGGAUAAUAUAACAAGUCAAAUUCGAAGUAAUAAAGAACAUUUAUGUAUGGAAACAGACGGUAGUAAAUUGAGAUUAGCAAAGUGUGACGCAGAAAAUAAAUCACAAAAAUGGACCUGGAGAGAAAUUUAUUAUUGA